GGAAAGGCUGUAGACUGCAAUAUGUUUCCCGGAAUGAUUAAGGAAAUUAAGGUGUUUGGUGACUAUUUAGAUGCCUCCUUGUUAUUUCUAACCCAGUCGUCUUACUGUUUCGCUGAUGCACUGAACUCUUCACAAAAAGAGCAAGUCAUGCAAAAGGUGACAUCGGCAGAGUUCCAUGGAAAACUGUUUAAAACUAUUAAGAAAGCAGUCAUUUUAAUGAAUCUCAAUGUUGUAAGAUUUUGUCGCGGCCUUCAGCUAAUUUUUUUUAUCGCAGCAACAGUUCGUUUGGUGAGUCCCACUGAUUCGCCAUCUUCUGGUCGAGUGGAAGUGCAUCACAAUGGUACAUGGGGAACCAUUUGUGACGACUCAUGGGACUUACAGGACGCUGAUGUAGUCUGUCGCCAGCUUAGAUACGAUGGAGCUUUAUCAGCUCCAGGUAAUGCAACAUUUCGACAAGGAACUGGCCAGAUAUGGCUGGAUGACGUUAAUUGUGUAGGAAAUGAGACGCUGAUAGAACAGUGCAGUCAUGGAGGAUGGGGAGUUCACAACUGUGGACAUAAUGAUGACGCUGGAAUUGUGUGCCGACCUACAGCUGUCCGUCUGGCUAAUUCCUACCAUUCGUCACAUUCCGGUAGCGUUGAAGUGCAAUACAAAGGUGUAUGGGGAACCAUUUGUGAUAACUUAUGGGACUUAAAUGACGCUGAAGUAAUUUGUCACCAGCUUGGAUACGAUGGAGCUUUACUUGCAUUUCGUAACGCAGGAUUUCAACAAGGAACUGGUCAGGUAUGGCUGGAUGACGUGCGAUGUGUGGGAAAUGAGACAUCAAUAUCACAUUGCAAUCAUAUCGGAUGGGGAAUUCACCGAAGCUACUGCCGGAGCAGUCACGGAGCCGGUGUAGUUUGUCGACCCUUAGUUCGUUUGGUGAGCCCCAGCAAUGCACGGUCUUCUGGUCGUGUUGAAGUAUGGUAUAAUGACACUUGGGGAACCAUUUGUGACAAUUCGUGGGACUUACAAGACGCUGAUGUAGUUUGUCGCCAGCUUGGAUACGAUGGAGCUUUAUCAGCGCUCGGUGAUGCAGCAUUUGGACAAGGCACUGGCCAGAUAUGGCUUGAUGAUGUAAAAUGUGGAGGAAAUGAGACAGUGAUAGCGCAGUGCAAUCACAGAGGAUGGGGAGUUCACAGCUGUGGACAUAUUGAAGACGCUGGUGUGGUGUGCCGAUCUGCUGCUGUCCGUCUGGCUAAUUCCUACCAUUCGUCACAUUCUGGUAUUGUUGAAGUGCAAUACAAAGGUGUAUGGGGAACCAUUUGUGACAACUCAUGGGACUUAAAUGACGCUGAGGUAAUUUGUCACCAGCUUGGAUAUGAUGGAGCUUUACUUGCAUUUCAUAACGCAGCAUUUGAACAAGGAACUGGUCAGGUAUGGUUGGAUGACGUACAAUGCGUGGGAAAUGAGACAUCAAUAUCACAUUGCAAUCACAUAGGAUUGGGAAUUCACCGAAGCUACUGCCGGAACAGUCACGACGCCGGUGUAGUUUGUCGACCCUUAGUUCGUUUGGUGAGCCCCAGCAAUGCACGGUCUUCUGGUCGCGUUGAAGUAUGGUAUAAUGACACUUGGGGAACCAUUUGUGACAAUUCGUGGGACUUACAAGACGCUGAUGUAGUUUGUCGCCAGCUUGGAUACGAUGGAGCUUUAUCAGCGCUCGGUGAUGCAGCAUUUGGACAAGGCACUGGCCAGAUAUGGCUUGAUGAUGUAAAAUGUGGAGGAAAUGAGACAGUGAUAGCGCAGUGCAAUCACAGAGGAUGGGGAGUUCACAGCUGUGGACAUAUUGAAGACGCUGGUGUGGUGUGCCGAUCUGCUGCUGUUCGUCUGGUUAGUUCCUUCAAUUCGUCAAGUUCUGGUCGCGUUGAAGUGUUGUACAAAGGUGUAUGGGGAAAAAUUUGUGGGCACUCUUGGGACCUUUGGGACGCUCAAGUAGUUUGCCGCCAGCUUGGAUUCGAAAGAGCUUUAGCAUCAUUUUAUAACGCAGCACUUGGGCCAACAGAUCAAAUAUGGUUGGAUGAGGUGCGAUGUGGGGGGGACGAGUCAUCGAUAUCAGAGUGUUUGCACAUUGGAUGGAGAGAUAACGAAUGUCCAAAUAAUUACGGCGCUGGCGUAGUAUGCCAACCCACAGUUCGUUUGGUGAGUCCCAGCAAUUCCUUUUCUUCUGGUCGUGUUGAAGUGUGGUUCAAUGGUACAUGGGGAACCAUUUGUGACAAUUCAUGGGACUUACAGGACGCUGAUGUAGUUUGUCGCCAGCUUGGAUACGAUGGAGCUUUAUCAGCACCUGGUAAUGCAACAUUUGGACAAGGAAUUGGCCAGAUAUGGCUGGAGGAUGUUAAAUGUGCAGGAAAUGAGACACUGAUAGCAGAGUGCAGUCACGGAGAGUGGGGAGCUCACAACUGUGGGCAUGUUAAAGACGCUGGCGUAGUGUGCCGACCUGAAGCUAUUCGAUUGGUGAGUCCCAAUAAUUCGCCGUCUUCUGGUCGUGUUGAAGUGUUGCACAGGGGUACCUGGGGAACCAUUUGUGACGACUCCUGGGACAUAAGGGACGCUGAAGUAGUUUGUCGUCAACUUGGAUAUGAUGGGACCCUAUCAGCAACUGGUAAUGCAAACUUUGGACAAGGAACUGGUCAGAUAUGGCUUGACGAUGUUCAUUGUGUAGGAGAUGAAAUUUCGAUAUCGGACUGUUAUCACCGAGGAUGGGGAGUCCACAACUGUAGGCAUUACGAAGAUGCAUGCGUUAUGUGCCGACUCACAGCCAAACCCAAGAUUCUAAAUCUGCUUUGUCCAAGCUCUCUACUUCUUGGAAGUAACGUAACUCUUUAUUGUUAUGUGACUGGUAAUCCUUCUCCGAACAUUACUUGGAUAUGGGAAGACACAGGAGAUGUUCUUAGUAGGAGCGAGGAGCUCACUUUUUCAGCUGUCAAUCGUAGCCAAGCAGGAAAUUAUCAAUGUCUGGCGUGGAAUGGAAUUGGUAACAGCUCCAUCAGAACAUGUAGCCUGGACGUGUAUUACGAACCUCUGGUUCUAAACUUAGAGUGUCCACCCUCAAUUAAUGAAGGACAUGAUGCGACUCUAACCUGCAAAGCAAGUGGAAAUCCUCCCCGGAAUAUCACCUGGAUAAGGAAAGACACGGGAGGUGUUCUUGGUACCAACGAACAGCUGACUCUUACAGGUGUGAAUCGCAGCGAAGGUGGCAUUUUUCAGUGCUUGGCGUGGAAUGGAAUUGGAAAUAAUUCCACCAGGUCGUGCAGUGUGGAUGUUUAUUUCGGACCCCAGGUUAUUAACAUGCAUUGUCCGAGCUCACCAGUUCUUGGAAGUCGCGAAAUUUUUUUUUGUAAUGUGACUGGUAAUCCUUUUCCGAACGUUACUUGGAUAUGGGAAGACACAGGAGAUGUUCUUAGUAGGAGCGAGGAGCUCACUUUUUCAGCUGUCAAUCGUAGCCAAGCAGGCAAUUAUCAAUGUCUGGCGUGGAAUGGAAUUGGUAACAGCUCCACCAGAACGUGCAGCCUGGACGUGUUUUACGAACCUCUGGUUCUAAACUUACAGUGUCCAACAUCAGUCGUUGAGGGAUAUGACGCGACUCUUCUCUGCAAUGCAACUGGAAAUCCUCCCCCAAAUAUUACCUGGAUACGGAAAGCCACAGAAGCUGUUCUUGGUACCAACGAACAACUGACUCUAACGGCUGUCAACCGUAGCAAAGCAGGCACUUUUCAAUGCUUGGCGUGGAAUGGAAUUGGCAAUACCUCCACCAAGGCAUGCAGUCUGGAUGUGUAUUACGAACCUCUGGUUCUCAACUUAGAAUGUCCGACAUCAAUCAUUGAGGGAUAUGGCGUGACUCUUAACUGCAAUGCUACUGGAAAUCCUCCCCCAAGUAUUACCUGGAUAAGGAAAGACACGGGAGGUGUUCUUGGUACCAAAGAACAGCUGACUUUUACGGCUGUGAAUCGCAGCGAAGGUGGCAUUUUUCAGUGCUCAGCGUGGAAUGGAAUUGGCAACAACUCCACCAGGACAUGCAGUCUGAAUGUUUAUUUUCAUCCACAGGUACUUGACAUACAUUGUCCAACCACGAUAGUUGAGGGAAGUAAUGUAACUCUUCACUGUAAUGCUGGUGGAAAUCCAUCUCCAAAUAUCACUUGGAUAUUGCAAGAUACAGGACAUGUUUUCGGUAGAGGCGAAAAUCUUACUCUUACAAAAGUUGAUCGAAGUCAAACAGGGACUUAUCUGUGUCGUGCGUGGAAUGGAAUCGGCAGCAGUUCCACCAGAACAUGCAGCCUAGAUGUGUAUUACUUGCCAACUAGAACAAGCAUGACUCCCAACCUAAAUGGUACUGUCGUGUUAGCUGGAGGCAGCUUGUUCCUCAACUGCACCUCAGAUGCUAACCCUGCAGUUAAAGAGUUUCAGUUGACUUUUGGAAGUACCCUUAUCGCCACUAGCAGCUCUGGGAUGUUUAGCGUUACUGUGAAGACAUUUGGAAUAUACAAGUGUUUCCCUGUAAAUGAAGUCGGCUCAGGGGACAGUGCUACAGUCAAAGUCACUGUUCUCGAUGCUCCUGGUUUCCCGGUCUUUGUAAACAGGACCGUGGACACAAUCACUAUCAGUUGGUCACCAAUUUAUCUUCAAUCUGCUACAUAUACCGUUAACAUAAGACCUGGAGAAGAAACAGCGUGGAUGAACGCAACGUGUAAACAGACAAUUUGGAAGAAUCAGUGCACAGUGACCGACACAGUUGCGGAAGUUGCUGGCCUCGAAGAAGACUCUCUGUAUCAUUUUAGAGUUUAUGCUAACUACAGAGGAGUCAGAAGUGACGGCAGUUUAUCGUCAGGAGCCUUCAGAACAGCAGGUGAUGUGCGAUUAUGUAGUUUCAUGAAUUCUUUCCGAGUAAAAGAAGCUGCUUCCUUGUGUGUUGUUUUCAGUUCAUCAUACACUUUUUUCAGAAAUCAUGAUUUUAUUGGAAAGAAGUAUAAUUAAAACGUAGCAUUCAGAUUGAAUGCUCUGUUUUUCACUUAUAGUUCCACUAACUUGUCAUUAGUACAGAUAUGUAAGUAUUUGCUAAUUAAAUGAAUGGUUAGUUAGCAAUGCUUAAGAGCCUUAAUAAUUUCACGUAUAAAACGCACAGAAUAAAGAAAUAGCCAAGAAGUGUUUUAUUUCUUUAUCAUUCAUCAGUCAAAUAUAUCCUUAUUUAUUCAUCAACAACACAAUAAAGAUAUAUCAUGACGCUAGUUACCUUCGCCUUUUUGUUUACUUAAGGUAGAAGUUUUACCUUAUCUGGACAUCACAGGCCUGCUUGUUUUAUCACUGGCACUUACGAUAGCAAGGGCUGGUCACGGCUCAACCAGCUGCAUUGAACGUUUUCCCAGUGCGCGUUUGAUUGUCGAUAUUUGGGAAACCGUCAAUUGCUAUAAACGAGCGGGGAGGUUUCUCUUUCAGUUUCCUCUUUUGUUUUUCAGUCCUGGCUGAACUGGCACUUGAGAAGAUACGUGUUCUGUUUGUACUGUAUCUCAGUGGAGGGUGGAGAAAUGGAAAUAUCUAGCAACGGUAGGUGUGGUUAUGUUGAAGUGAUGAGCUACAAUCAUAAUAAUAAGUAAAGUAAGCAAAGCCCACUCAGGAGCAUGUGGCUCAUCGGUCCGACGAUUAACUCCGGUUUCCGUAGCAUGAAGCGACUAGGAGUAUUUCUACUCCCCCCUGGAUGGGAUGCUAAUCCAUCGCAGGGUUAUCCCCAGUCCCACUAACUACUAAGUCCUACUACUACUACCACUACUACUACUACUACCACUACUAAGUCCUACUAACUCGCCAUCUUCUGGUC